AGAGAGCGAUGCUCUGCCCGUCUCAGGAAGGAGGAGACUGUGUUGGUAGUGGUGAAAGCAGCAGCAGCAGCAGCUUUUCCAAGCUUUUCCAACCAUCCACAGCAAGCAAGCAAGCAAAAGGAAAGCAAUUUUCCGCCGUACCGACACGGACUUCGCGCGGCGGCCACCGACGACGGACCGCGGGUGUGUUGUGUGUAGUGUAGUAGUAAUAGUAGCCCUAGGAGGAGCUGUACCGCGGAGUGGACCGACCGACCAGUAGGUGCUGGACAAGGACUUCGCAGGAAGAUCUUUCGGGAAUCCGUUGCCGGAGGUUGCUCCGAAGGGAAGCGAAAAGAGUGAAUUUUCCGGGUAAAGGCUUUUUUUUUGCAGUGCUUCCCCGCGCGAACUUCCGAAAUUCCGACUGUGUGUGUGAGCGUGAGAUGGCUUGAGAGAACUGGGUUAGUAAGUUUCUGUGCGGAAGAAAACCUGGAAUCCCUGGAAGAAGUCUCGAGCAGCAGGUGGGAAUCUGCAAAGAUCUGUGAAAAAUCUUCCAAAAAGAAGUCGCAAGGCUGUGUUGGUGUGAGGUCGCGACGGGUUGUUUACAGAUUCCGGAGCUCGGCCUAGAACAAAGGCGGGCCGAAGAAGAGAACAAUGGAACCGCGUCGGACAGCGUAAACUUCAUUGUAUUCAUUGCAUUGUCUUCUUAUAGUCGUAGUCGUCGUCGUCGUCGUCGUCGCGAAUUUAGAUUUAGGAGCAAAACAUUACAAACACACCUUAGCUAGGGGGUCUCGUGGUACCGAUUUAUUUUUUCUGUUGUUGUUGGUCUAGUGUGAGUUAUUACUCAAUUUACAACGCUCUAGUCUACUGUAGUGUAAGUGUCUCGCGAGGGCUUAAAAAAUCAAAUUAUAGCAUUAGUACAGUAAAUAGCGUGCGAAAAUCUCGCGUGUGUUCAGCAAAACGAAACCAGAAUGUCCUCCUGCAAUCCGACAUAACGACCCCAGCCCGGUGCAAUGCCCAAGAAAUGGCCUCCUCCCCCCCAUUGGAACACGUCAGAGUGUGCGUGAGAUCAUGCGUGUGUCUUAUCAUCUGGCCUAACAACAAAAGCAACAUCAACAGCAGCAGCAUCAGGAGAGCGUGAGAAAGUGCGUCAAGGGGAACGCCACAAACGAGAUAACUGACCUCGUUCCGGCAGAAUCAGCCAGCAGCAGCAGCUGCUGCACAACCGUAAUUAGUAGUAGUACCUACUAGGUGGGAGGGGAUGGCGGAAGGAGUGGCGGCGGCACCGGGAAGCCCCCGGACCGGGGACGAGUCAUCCGAGAGUGAGAACGAAACCGAACCGGCCAAAAUUUUCCACCGGAAGCUGUCGACGAAGCGGAACGUCAAGUCGGCGGCGGCCUCUAAGGAGGGUUACCUGAUGAAGCAAACAUGGUCCUUCCAGCGCUGGAGGCGGCGCUACUUCCGACUGAAAGGCCACAAGCUGUACUACGCCAAGGAUUCCAAGGUAAGUUUCAAUUUUCCUCUUUUUUUUUUUUGCUCUGUCUGA